CUAUAAACAAUGAACAUGGCGGCAGCUCGGUCAGCGGCGCACUGCAGAUGAAGUUGUAACUUCGACGCUUCGACAUUAACAUGGGAUCGUAUUAGAGCGAAUGGUUCCAUUCAGUGACGUGCAGAGUGUGUGCUUCAGUUCGAGUCCCAGAACCUCUGGUCAUCAUGGUGCUGAAGGUGUUCUUCCCGCAAUGCUGUAACCUGGCGGACAGCGGGCUGCUGGUGGGUCGCUGGCUCCCGGGUCAGGGGUCGGCGGUGGUCCUGGCGGUCAUCCACUACCCCUUCAUACCUGGCCAGGUGAAGCAGUACAUCCAGCAGAUGCAGGUCCAAACCGGUCUGAGCCUAUCGGUUCUGGGCUCCUGGAGUUUACCUAAAGAGGGUCAGCAGGACAUGGAGGCUUUCCUCAAGGACCUGAGCACCAUCUUUCCUCGGGAGCCUUGGCUCCAGAUCAGCCGUCAGACCGGAAAGACUGGGUUCAGCUGCAGGGUUCUGGACCCGAACCAGAGUGGAGGGGAUCGGACUGAGGAUCAGGAUGAAGCGAGAACCAUCUUCGUGCAUUAUGACCAGCGAAAGGUCAUGCUGUCGCAGCUUCAUCCCGUCCAGGACCAAGCCGCUGAACCGGAGGACAACCCCCCCUCCGAGCUCAGAGAGGUGUUCCGCACGGUUGCCAGAAGUGGACCUCUCUUUGUGCUGGACCGCUACGACGAGGGUCCUCUGAAGUCCACCCACUGGCAGUCGGAGGGUCGGGAGGCCAGCAUAAUCAUGGAGCUGCUGAAGGCUGCGACAGUUCCGCUCUGUGCUCUCCUGCGCUCGCUGCUUGCCGUCUGGACCUGGAUCUUCUCACUCCGUCUCUUCCGUCUCCCUCCACUCAGCUUCCUGUCCUCCAAACUGUCGACGUGUGUCCAGAUCAGCUGCAGAACCGAACACAUGACCUCACUGAGCGCGGCCCAACCCGCUGCCCGCCAAACGGACCUGAUCAGGAAGGGGAACAUGCUGGUGUCGCUGCUGCUGGACAUUGCCCUGGGACUGUCGUUGGUCCACUGGCUCUACAGGGACGACCAUAUUGCCAUGCUAGCAGACUGCGUGAUGCCUGCUGCCGAUCGUGUUGCUAAAGAGCUGGAGCAGCUGCUGCAGUGGCUGAUGGGAGCUCCUGCUGGGCUCAAGAUGAACCGGGCCCUGGACCUGGUUCUGGGACGAUUCUUUCUUUACCACAUCCACCUCUGGAUCAGUUACAUCACCAUGAUGACCCCCUUCAUGGAGUCCCUGCUCUGGUAUGGGGGUCUCUCCGCCUGCCUGGGUCUGACCUUUGCCCUCUCUCUGCUUUCCGACCUGGUGACGCUCUUCACCCUCCACAUUUACUGCUUUUACGUCUAUGGAGCCAGGUUGUACUGCCUGAAGGUCUACAGCCUCUCGUCCCUCUGGAGGCUCUUCAGAGGGAAGAAGUGGAACGUUCUGAGACAGAGAGUCGACUCGUGCUCGUACGACCUGGACCAGUUGUUCAUCGGCACUCUGCUCUUCACCGUGCUCCUCUUCCUCCUCCCCACCACGGCCCUCUACUACCUGGUCUUCACACUGCUGCGUCUGCUGGUGGUCCUGUUCCAGGCUCUUCUCCACGUCACCAUCGAAUUUGUCAACUCCUUCCCUCUGUUCGCCCUCGGCCUCCGGCUGUGUCGCCCGUACAGACUGGCAGAGGGAGUCAAGUUCCGGGUCCUGAGUGACGAGGCGGGCACAGCGCUCCACCUGCUGAUGGAGAUCAACCCCCUGCCGCUCGCCAAGGUGGUCCAGACCUACCGGACGCCCUCCUACAGCUGCUACCCGAGACACUCGUGGACGGCGCUGCUCCACAAGCUGGUGGUGGGCCAGCUGGUCUACCCCUGGACCAACAAGUCCACCAAGACCGAGUGACCCCUUCGGUCACAUGACUGGUGCAGCGAUGAGCCUCACAGAGAAGCAGGACCAGACCAGAACUGAAUCACACCAGCCUUUAGAUACUUGAAGUAUGAAAAACUGAAUUAUGAGUGAGAAAGUGACCACUAACAGAUGAAGUCUUGUUUGAGCAAAAGUGUUUCAGUUGAUUAAAGUGUAGUUGUUGAUUUGAGCGAUCGGUCUUGUCUGUAAUUCAGUUUCUCUCUGGCGUUGCAUUGGUCAUUUGAGAUGUUCCAGCAUGAGUCAGCCAGUCAGCCAGUCCUCGUUUGGAACGGCGUCAGUGUCAGAUAAAACAU